AUGGCCGACCAGGCAGCCACCCGUAGAGGUCGAGAUGCCCUCAAGCAAGCACUGCUCGUCGGGGCCUAUCUUCUUGGCAUCGUCGCAACCGCCAUUCCCGUGCUCCUGAUCUUUGCAGGAUCAUGGCUUGUCAAUGACGAAAAGGAUGCAUCAGGGCCCAUCCGCUUGGCUCUCUCCAAGCUUUCCAUCGCAUCAUUCGACGGCAUCAUCCCCGAUCCGAAUAACAAAGGGGCCUACCUCCUGACGAUGCACCUCUUCCCCCGUGCCUUGGGCUGGGAGUACCCUUCCGCCCCGUCCCACGGCCAGACCGCUGGCAUCGUGAACCCGACGCGAGGCACACUCUACCUGCCCACCGACUUUGUCACCAUCGGCAAGGCCCUCGAUCUCGACCCCUCCGCCUGGGGCUGCUUCCCGCCCGUCUGGACCGACCCCUGCGAGAACCCCUUCUUCGCCGCCUUCCGCCGUCAGUUCCCCUACGAAGGCACCCCCGACGCCUGGACCGUCUUCCUGCUGAGCGCCCUCGUCGCCUGCGCCGCCGCCAUCGCCGCCGUCGAGCUCGUCAUCGCCUUCCGCCCGAGCCUGCUGCGCUGCCAGUGCUACUUCGCCGCCCUGAAGCGGGUCUGCCCGUGCCCGCGCGGCACGCGCCACGAGAUCGAGAGGCUCAACGCCGCCUUCUGGGACCGCUAA